CUAAGAGACAAGUUCCCGAUAAAAUACUCGCCUUUCUUGUUUUUCACCUCUGCCUUUCAACUUCGCGCACUCAGAGCUGGAGUAGACGAAGACCGCUCGACGGAGAAGAGAAGCACGAUCGACCUUGAAUCUGACUUUACUCUCAAGUUCGACCGACGGAAGACACUCGCCCUCUUUUUUCACCUCUGCCUUUCAUCUUUGCGCACGCAGAACUGGAGAAGAAGAAGACCGAUCGCCGAAGAAGAGAAGCACGAUCGCCGGAGAAGAGAAGCACGAUCGACCUUGGUUUCCCCUUUUAAUCUCUGCUCGUUGUCGCUCAAACAGAUAAGAAGUAAGAUGGCAUUUAUAAUGGAAUUUGCUGAGAAUCUGGUAAGGAGGCUGAUGGAGGACCCCAAAGAGCGGGAUCAAAAGUUCAGGGAGCAUGUUUAUGCAGUUCAUGAUCGAUGCAAAAAGACUAAAGAAAUGUGGAGCCUACCCAUCCGCCCUUAUGGGUUCUGGACAUUUGAGCGCCACAAUGCACAACUUGCAUGGGAUGCCCAAAUCAGCCAGGUCCCUGGACGCAGGGACCCCUAUGAUGACCUCCUUCAGCAGACUUAUGAGGGCAACGCCCGCAAAUGAGUAAGUGGUCUAUAUAGUU